AUGCCACCACGACGCUCCCAUAAGAAGUCUAGAGCAGGCUGUAAACGCUGCAAAGCCCGCAAGAUCAAGUGCGAUGAGGUUCAUCCCCGGUGCAGCAACUGCCUGAAGCAUGGCGUCCCGUGCGAUUUCGAACACCCGGGUGUCAUCCACGAACUUGAAGGGCCAGCGCUAUCUUCCAACGGACUCCCAUCAUCCGCUUCCCCCACCACCUUCGCGCCGAGCGCUCUCGAUGGUUCUGCCCGCCGACCAAGCUUUGUAACGCCAACGAGUAGUCAAUUCCCUUCAACGAUUGGCGUCCCCAUGUACCAACAACCAGGGAUGCUACUGCCCAGCUCGCAGCCGGUCGGACGUCUGACAGAACUACGACUUAUGCACCAAUACACCAGACAUACUCACAAGACACUGGCUGUGACGGCUCCUGAGCUUGAGGGCCUCUGGGGCUCCUCGGUACCGAGUCUUGCCUUUGGAGGCAACCAGCACCUGAUGGACGCGCUCCUCGCCGUAUCGGCACUUCAUCUGCGGAGUGCCUGGCCCCAUGACAAGGAGUUGGUUCGAGCAAGUCACGCCUACAUGGCCUCAUGCCUCAACGCAUACAGCAGCAGUCUGACGGCGGGCAUCGAUGCCAGCAAUGCUGAGAACCUGUUCCUCACGGCCACCCUGAUUGCCUUUCAGAGCACCGCCACACGUAUUUUCACCAAGGAUGAGGGCCCCUUCGCCACAGGCACGACAGGGCCGUUCUCAGGGUCCGAUAGCAAUGGGGCAGGCGGUGCCUACCAGCCACCGCUGGCAUGGUUCCAUUCUUUCCAGGGUGUCAAGACAGUCGUGGCGGCCUCGUGGCCAUGGCUGAAGCAGAGCAAGAUCAUCUUGUCCAUCAUCGACGCACAGCCUGUGCUGAAUCUAAAUUUCUCCCGCGCUGCAGACGGGUUCUUCGGCCACCUCCUGACUGGUCUCGACGAGGAGCUCACCGCACUGGAGCCCUUGGCAUCCGUGGCCGACCUGUCCGACAACGGGACUCCAGGGAGCAGUGGAGGAGGUUCCGGGACGGGCACCACGAGCAUCGUGGAAACGACGCGACAGGCCUACCAGCAUGCAGUGGCGACUCUCAACUGGGCUCACUCGAAGCCAGGCAAGGGCGCACUCGCCUUCCCGGCAACCGUAUCCAAGCGCUUUGUAGAGCUUGUAGAGGAGCGACAGCCUCGUGCCCUGGCCAUCCUGGCGUCCUUUUUCGCACUCCUCAAGACGCUUGACCACGUAUGGUGGCUACAGGGGAUGGCACGACGGGAAGUCCUAGGCAUUGUGUCUCUUUUCAACUCGGAUCACUUUGGUCCAGAUCUGGAGCGCAAGUGGUGGCCGCACCUGGAGUGGGCGGUUCGCGUUGCGCUCUACGAUCCUGGCCAGAGCGGGCAGAAUACCAUCCCGACAGACAUCUGGGGUUCGAGCUGGGGCUUCGAGGGGGGCGAUCAGCAGGGCGACAUCAAGUUCACAAGUCACAUCGAGAUGCUCAGCGAGUUGGUGCACCCAGCAUCGCCUCUGCCGCCCCCUCCAUCCGACAACACGUGA